AUGUCGAUCCCGAAAGAAGCAAUCCACGACCCGGAAGCGUCAUCUACCACCAAAAUCCACCAAAACACAAGCAACGAGAAGGCACCAGACACCAUCGAGGACAACUUCGGCCCUGCCCCAGAUGGCGGACUCAAAGCAUGGCUAGUUGCUGUCGGCGCAUCAUGCACCAUAUUCUCCACGCUCGGCUUUGCAAACUCCUUCGGCGUUCUCCAAGAAUACUAUGCCGUCCACCAGCUAUCCCACGAGUCCACCGACAGCAUCGCCUGGAUCGGAUCCUUGUCUGCCUUCCUUCAAUUCGCAACCGGUGCAUUUGCAGGCCCGCUGUUUGAUCGCUACGGUGCAUGGGUAAUCCGUCCACCGGCCAUUAUUUACGUUUUCGCCUUGAUGAUGACAAGCCUCUGCACCAAGUACUGGCAGUUCAUGCUUGCGCAGGGCGUCCUCGUCGGAAUCUCAACGGGGAUGCUGCAAUUCCCAGCCAUGGCCGCGGUCUCGCAGUACUUUGACAAGAAACGCGGUGCAGCAUUGGGGCUCACCAUCGCCGGGUCCUCGAUUGGCGGCGUCGUCUUCCCAAUUGCUCUGUCCAAGAUGCUCAACUCAUCCUCGCUGGGCUUCGGCUGGUCCAUUCGCAUCAUUGCGUUCGUCAUGCUCGUCCCAAUGGCUAUCUCCUGCCUUACCGUAACCGCGCGCCUCCCACCACGCACAACGGCCUUCUUCAUCCCGGGUGCCUUGAAAUCACCCCUUUUUGUCAUCCUGAUUAUAGCAAUGUUUUUUCAGCUUCUAGGCAUGUUCAGCCCGAUCUUCUUCAUCCCGACGUACGCCGUCUCCCGGGGUAUGGAUGCAACGCUCGCCUCGUAUCUCGCCGCCAUCCUCAACGGCGCGUCGACAUUCGGGCGCAUCAUCCCGGGCAUCCUCGCAGACAAAUUCGGUCGCCUCAACGCAUUUGGAGUUGGUGGAAUUGCGACCGGCGUCAUUAUCUGCUGCAUGAAUCAGGCAGAAUCCAACGCCUCGCUCAUUGUCUUCUCUGCCGUUUUCGGCUUCUGGUCCGGCACCGUCAUCUCGGGUGGUAGUGCUGCGUUGACGACCGUGCCGAAGAACCCUCAGGAGCUGGGGACGUACCUUGGCAUGGGCAUUGCGCUUUGCGGGUGCGCCGUCUUGAUCGGACCGCCGGUUAGUGGUGUGCUUGUUGACCAUUAUGGAGGGUUCUCUGAGCUGUCUAUCUUCAGUGGGGUGAUGUGUCUGGCAGGAGGGAUUAUUGCGUUGUUGAGCAAGACUGUUACGGAGCAGGGGCUAUUUGGACGGAUUUAA